UUUAUUUUUUAGAAAUUGUGUCUUUUCUGAUAUUAAUCAAAUAAGAAGAUGAGCAAUAAAAUUAUUACAGUAGAGUGGAGUUUAACUUAAAUUGAGUGUCGCAUGAAGAGCGCUCAUUGGUCAUCUUGAGUGCGCUGGCGCACGAGCCAUUCGCGUGCGGCUCCUCCGUUUCUAUAAAUAGAUCCAGAGGCGCUGUUGGCUCAGUGUCACUUUGGCCAGCGACGGACGUUUGUCACAGUCAAACUGCUCGGAGCUUUGCCAGGGGAAGGCGGGACACGCUUUGCACUUGUCUUUUUUUUUUUUUUUUUACUCUCCCCCCUCCUCGAGUGGAAGGGGUACAUGUGAAGAUGCCGGCCGGUACUUUGGAACGAACAUCUUCAUCCGCGCCCAGUGAGAACUCCACUGUGGAAAGUACACGGAGUCAGAUGACGGGCAGAAAAUCUUCCAAACCUAUUAUGGAAAAGCGGAGACGCGCGCGCAUCAACGAGAGUCUCGGCCAUCUGAAGACUCUCAUCUUGGACGCACUCAAGAAAGAUAGCUCCAGACAUUCCAAACUAGAGAAGGCAGAUAUCCUGGAAAUGACCGUGAAGCACCUCAGGAACCUGCAACGAUUUCAGAUGACAGCUGUUGUGACCACGGACUCAUCCGUCCUGGGUAAAUACCGGGCCGGUUUCAGCGAGUGUGUCGGCGAGGUCACCCGUUACCUCUCCACGUGUGAUGAGGUCAACUCCGAAGCAAGGACCCGCCUACUCAGCCACCUGGCCGCCCGUGUCUCCCAAAUGAACGCCGUCAACUUCUACACGCCUCACUCGGGCCCGCUGGGACAAACUGGCAUUAAUGCCCUUCAGGGACCUUGUAAAAGCAUCUCACCCGCUGACACCAUGAAACUCCACAGCAGCUAUCAGGUGGUCCCAACUCCUGAUGGACAUUUUGCUUUUCUUGUUCCCAGCGCAGCUCUCACACCUUUGAGUGCACAGAGUGGUCAAUACAUGUCUCCCGGUGCACCUCCACUCACUUCAGACUCUGUGUGGAGACCCUGGUAGGGAAAAUUAGGAAGGGAAAACGGGACUAUCACAUGAUUUGACUUGAUUUUUUUAUACUUCGUAUAAAGGUAUUGGAGAGAAUAUUGUUUUAUAUAUUUUUUUCCCGAAAGAAAGGGAACUGACUUGAUGUCAUAAUGUCAGUGUUUCCCCAACUU